UUUUAAAUGUUCAAAUUAAUUUGUAAUUGCAGCCGACUGAAAUGGCAGAAAGAGGCGAAGAUCGUAGCAUGUCAGAAACCGAAAGGGAUCCAAUCCAUAGCAGCAUGUACAGCACUCACUCUCGGGAUUAUGUCGAAGGUGUUUCGGUAGAAGUCUGUAAUAUAAUGACUCAGCUGGGAUAUGGAGAGGAAAUCAGACGGGGACGUAUUGAGAGAUACAGGGAACGUGAUAUGUUGUUUAACGCAAGCUCCUAUCAUUUCACUCACUUCACAGCUGGCAGUAAGGCCGAGGGGCUUACCUGCUGGGCAGAAAGCGACCAUGACUGGUUGCACGUGCUGAAAGAUGUCGUCUGUGUGGAAGCUGAAGUCGAUCUACACACCAUACCAGACCACACAGAAGUAUACAGGAUGGAUACACGUACAUACCCAGGGCACUGCAGGAUGUUACUGGAGAGACGUGCUUCCACACAAAUUACCCUCAUUAGUAAUUCUCUUUGUGAUGACGGAAAAGGGAAUGCUUUGCUAAGCAGCAGUUUAUUUCUUGAUGAAUUGUCAAAAAUUGAAUUAAAACACGGAGUUCGACUUGAACGCGCGGGGCCCUCACUACCGAUGUCAUUAAGUCGUUUCAGAAUUAAUGUCGACAAUGUGCAUGCAAUACACUGUCAAUGUCCCUGCAUCCUGCAGAGAUGGGCUGAACGACCUCGACAUUGGCCGUCACCGGAUGUCGUGCUGAAAGUUGUGUCAUUGGGAUCUUUUGUUACCCCAAACGGAUUAAAAAAAAGUGAAUACAAAUAUUUAGAGUGGAGAAUUUGUUUUAACAUUGGUGAAACGGAACUCGUUAACAAUCUAAAUGGCACUCAAGCAAAAUUGUAUGUUAUUUUAAAAAUGAUUGUAAAAGAGGUACUGAAACCAACCAAUAAAGAAAUAACAUCCUUUGUGCUGAAAAAUAUAAUACUUUGGCAAGCUGAAAGCAAUUCGCCCGCAAUGUUUCAAGAAAGGAAUUUGAUCCAUUGGUUGCAUGACGCACUGGGAACACUUAGAACUGUAAUAGCAUCUACACAGCUGCCAUACUACAUGAUUCCUGAGCGAAAUUUGAUGGCAGAUUGUGGGUUGCAUGAUGAACAACAGCAUAAAUGGGUAACAGAUGUCACGGCCAUGAUUGAAGAAGGUCCAAGGGCAAUACUUAGAUUGCCAAAGAUACGACAGGCCAUUAUUUGUCACCCAGAGCCGCUGUUGUGGUUCAGCAGGAGAAGGAUGGAGCUGGAGAUGCUGCAGCUAGAGUUAACGAAAAAUUGCCUUGUUAACUACGGGGAGUGUGAUGACACUGAUAUCAUCCUGCAGAUAGUGAGACGCAUGAAUGAGAUAGUAAGAGAGGUCUGUCUACGGAUGUUUAUAGAAGGCAGUACUUUGAAUGAAAUAGAAGGCAACGUUAUGGAAGGAGUACUUUCUAGAAUGUUGAUGUAA